CCGCUUUUAAUUGAAUUUAUCAACACUAUCCUGUCGAGCCCCAAUAAAAUUGCUUAUUAUUGCAGAUUAACCACUGAUAAGAUAUAGUUAGCUAAGUUUGAUCGGGCUUCAAUUAGGUGUCCCGGCUGACCAGUAAAGUGAAACACUUCCAAGUACCACGUGUGCUUUUGGAGGAAGACUAAAUUUCCUUUGUUUAAGAACGCAGUUUACGGUUGCAACAAACUGCAACAAGUGGACUUUUCGGGUGCAAAUACCUCAAAAGCGGAUAAUCUUUGGACAAACUGGACGACUUCGAACUGGACGAUUUGGACGACUUCGCCAUGGAUUUCUGGAGUAUUUUCUUCUUUUUCGUACUGACCUUUCUGGUCAUGAGUUGUUGCGGAUAUUGCUGCACCAGCAGGCGCCAGGGCGCAGUUCUCUCCACGCCCGUGGUGGUAACAUCCGCCACCCACACUGCUCCUGGCGGAUAUCCGGUCACACAGCUGCCGCCGCCAGGAUAUCCUGCGGGCAAUGCCUACGCUCCCGCUUCAUAUCCCGCUCAGACCACCGGUAAUGUGACCGUCCAGAUGCCGAUGCCAAUGGCCCAGCAGCACCAGCAGAUGCCCAUGCCGAUGCCCGGCAUGCAGACGCAUGGCGUGGCAUAUCCUCCCUAUCCUGGCGCCGGGCCGGCCAACAUGAAUCCGCCGCCGUAUGACAUGGCCAUGGCCAAUCCUGGUCCGAGUGUUAUGCCCGCCGGCUACGAGAAGCAGGCUCCUUACAAUCCCAACUUUGCGCAGUGAUUGGCCACUGCGAACUGACAGUGAAAUCGAUGUUCGUCGAUCUGGUUUUGAGCCAUUUUUCUUCAUAGCUUUUAUACUCUCUGCUUAUUGGAUGCAUUAGUUCUUUACCUCAUCCGUGUAUCUGUGUACUUUAAUUCUGCAAAAAAAACAAGAGAAAAAUGAACUCUACAUUAGACAACGAUUCAUUUCCUGACUGCCAUGGGGAAAACCAAAGUGAGGGCGAUCGCAAAACGAGCCAUUUUUU